UGAAUCGUUGACCAGGUGGUCAGCAGCAGGACGCGCCCCUCCGCUCAAUGGACGGUGCCGUGCGUAAAGCUCAAUUCAUGUCCGAGACAAACUUUUCAUAUUUUUCUCUGUUUGAACUUUGCUUUCAAUAAAAGAUUGCUUGCUCGCUUACAUCCAAACUAAUGCCGUGAUGACACGUGAAGAAGAUCUCGUCCGCAUCGCAAAAAAACUGGACAGAAUGGUGUCUAGAAAUAACACGGAGGGGGCCUUGGACGUUCUGAAGGAGCUGAAUGAUUUCAAUAUGACUGUCAAACUUCUUCAGGAUACCAGGAUUGGCAUGUCUGUGAACAACAUCAGGAAACAUUGCUCUGAUGCAGAGGUCAUCGCCUUAGCAAAGUUUCUAAUUAAAGACUGGAAAAGGCUUUUAGACAUCAACAAUCUAGUUGGUGGGUUCUUUCUAACAGAACCUGCCGAGCCUAAGAAAGAGAAACUUGAUGACAAGAACGGUGUGGGCCCCAGUAAGAGAGCGGUUUCUCCCAACCUCUUUGAGACAGACAGCAGCCCAAGGAGAGAGGAUGUGGGGGGGCCACGGGAGUCCUUGCCUGACAAGAAUGACUCAGAUAAACACAAAGAAGAGCAACGGCAUCAAGACGAAGACCUCCAUGACCACAGCAAGACAAGCGGGGAAGCGAAGAGGGAAAAACGCGCAAGCGAACCCGUUAACAAAACUCACCCGGGCGGGAGGGAAGCCAACGGAGACCGCCAGCGGGAAACCGACAGGACGGACGGACGCACGUCGCCCAGAGACGUUGCUCCUCCUGCCCCCGAUAGAAGAGCGGACCGCGGUGGAGAGGGACGUCCCCCAGACCCCCGGGAGGGGGAGGGCCGCCAGCAGUCCCCCCGACGGGGGAAACACCGAGACGAAGACACAGAGAAGAUGAGGAAGAAGAGGAGACGAGCGGUGGAGCUGGAGAAGAGGGAGGACCCCGAAAAGUUCCGGUCCCACGACAAGACCAGAGAGAAGAGAUUCACUGAGAACGCGGGGACUGAGAGGCACGCCGGAGACCGUAGGCUAGAGAGGUGGACGCACGGGCCUCCGGGAGAGAGACACCGCGACGAGCCACGGAGAGAGAGGCGGUUGCCCGAGCAACGACCACUGUUUGAAAGGCGAGGAGUGAUGGACAGCAGCAUCCUCUAUCCGACCCGUUGCCCUUCUCCUCCUCCCCUCAUUCGCCGCCGUCGCCCCGUUCGCCCCCCUCGGCCCCUACCGACCCCCCUGCCGGCCAAGUGUCCUUCUGUUGAAGUCAAGAAGGACAGGAAGAGGAAGAGCAGCAAAGAGUCGGCCCCUCGUCCCCUUCGCCCCCCGCAGUCCGCCCCCCCGCGCCGCGCCUCCCCAGUGAGGCGGCUCUCGCUGGAGGUCAAGAAGGAGAGGCAAGUGCCACCGGAUCCCAACGCUCCGAUCGCCCCCCUCCCCUUCCAUCUCCAUCCGCCUCCGACAAGAAGAGAACCGCCAGACCCCAACGCCCCGUUUGCUCCUCUACCUUUCCACCUGCACCCCCCUCCCCCUGCCAAGCAUCCCACUGCGGACGGGAAGAAGCCGGUGGCAGAGAUGAAGAAGGAGCCCUCAGACUGCCAGCCUCCCUCGCUGAAGAACUCCCCUGAGCCGCUAAAGAAAGACAGAAAAGACUCAUCGGAGGGCAAAGGGGUCAAAAAACAUUCACUGGAAGUCAAAAAAGAAAGGAAACAUUCAAGUGAUCUUAAACCACCUCUGCAGAAAAAGCCCACGUUGGAUGUGACGAAAGAGAAGCACAGGAAGGACUCUUCUGACUCAAAGCCAGGACUUCCUGUUAAACUGCUUCCAAUGGAUUUCAAAUCUGACAGGAAGGACUUUUCUGACUCCAAGACCAGUCUUCCUGUCAAAAGACUUUCAAUGGAUUCCAAAGACAGGAAGGACUCUUGUGAUUUAAAGACGGGACUUCCUGUGAAAAGUCUUUCAAUGGAUUCCAAAUCUGAUAGGAAGGAAUCUUCUGACUUCAAUAUGGGACUUCCUGUGAAAAGACUUUCAAUGGAUUCCAAAUCUGACAGGAAGGACUCUUGUGACUCCAAUGCGGGACUUCCUUUGAAAAGACUUUCUUUGGAUUCAAAAAUGGACAGGAAGGACUUUUCUGACUCCGAGCCAGGACUUCCUGUGAAAAGACAUUCGAUGGAUGCCAAAUCUGACAGGAAAGAGUCCACUGAAUCCAAGAAGGCAAGCCCACUGCCAGCGAAAAAACUUGGAGGUGAAAGGAGAGAGUCUCACGGCACCAAACCGUUCAACCCUGUUAAGCCCUCGACUGACGACCCUGAGAGCAAACGAGCCAAAGCCAACUUCCCUCAGACCCCCCCCAGCCCCGCCAGCUCCCUGUCCCCUGGCUUCAGCCCCGGCGGGGGGGCUCUGUCCCCUGGCUUCAGCCCCUGUGGGGGGCCGCUAUCCCCUAGCUUCAGCCCACGGGGGGGUCCCCUGUCCCCGCGCCUGGCCACCGGAGACACGGUCCGGGACAAGUGCAUCGUGAUGCUGUCGGCCGCGCUGCGCACAGACAAUGACUUCAUGGAGUUUGGUGCUAACUGUGAGCAGAUGGCCGUGGACAUUGAGGAUCAUAUCUACCAAGAGAUCCGGGCCACCGACAUGAGGUACAAGAACCGGAUCCGGAGCCGCAUCAGCAACCUAAAGGACCCCAAGAACCCGGGCCUGCGCCGGAACGUGCUGGCGGGGUACAUCGAGAUGACCCGCAUAGCCUCCAUGUCUGCUGAGGAAAUGGCGAGCGACGAGUUGAAGCAGCUGAGGAACGUUCUCACCCAGGAGGCCAUCAGAGAGCACCAAAUGGCCAAGACCGGAGGCACCACCACAGACCUCUUGCAGUGCAGCAAGUGCCGGAAGAAGAACUGUAGCUACAACCAGGUGCAGACCCGUAGCGCUGAUGAGCCCAUGACCACGUUUGUGCUGUGCAACGAGUGUGGAAACCGCUGGAAGUUCUGCUGAUGCCUUCCAGACCAAAUGGGAAUCAUGCUGAUAUCGAUGAAAUUAAAUUAUUUUCUAUGACAAUGUAGACAGGGACGAUUUACAAUACUGCAGCUAAAAGUGUGCUCAUAAUUUAUACUAUGUUAUAUUUUUAAGAUUUGUAAGCAUGUAUGUUUUGACUAAAAUAUAAUAAUAUUUUUGACUUAAAGACUUUUUGCAUGAUUGAAUCAGAGCAAGCUAGCUGGGAUAAACAGGUCACAUAUUUUUGCUUUGGGAAAGCGUUCAUUAGAAUAUAACUAACUCUAAUAAUAAAUUCAAAAUUGCAACUGUUUAAUUUGUAUAUUUCAAAUCCCAGACUGAUUGCAUAGUCUGAAAGUGUUUCUAAACUCCCUAAUUUAAUAAAUAAUCUUGACAAUCA